AUGACGACCGAGGCAGAGGACGUAGUACGACGUCGCACGGCGGUUGCCGACUACCGCAAACGGCUACUCCAGCACAAGGAGCUCGACUCCCGAGUUCGCGCAGUGAGAGAUAACUUGCGGGCCGCAAAGAAAGAAUUUGGGAAAACUGAAGAUGAUUUGAAGUCCCUUCAAAGUGUUGGGCAAAUUAUAGGCGAAGUUCUCAGGCCUCUCGAUAAUGAACGCUUGAUAGUGAAGGCAAGUAGUGGCCCAAGGUAUGUAGUUGGCUGUCGCAGUAAAGUUGACAAGGAAAAACUAACAGCUGGCACUCGGGUUGUUUUGGAUAUGACUACUUUGACUAUCAUGCGAGCUCUUCCCAGAGAAGUUGACCCAGUUGUAUAUAACAUGCUUCAUGAAGAUCCUGGUAAUGUUAGCUACUCCGCUGUGGGAGGACUAUCAGAUCAGAUCCGAGAGCUCAGGGAAUCUAUUGAACUGCCUUUAAUGAAUCCUGAGCUCUUCCUCAGAGUGGGGAUCAAACCUCCCAAGGGUGUUCUUCUGUAUGGACCUCCGGGAACAGGGAAGACAUUACUAGCCAGAGCAAUUGCUAGCAAUAUAGAUGCUAACUUUUUAAAGGUUGUGUCAAGUGCCAUUAUUGACAAGUAUAUUGGUGAGAGUGCGAGAUUGAUAAGGGAAAUGUUUGGUUAUGCCCGUGAUCACCAGCCUUGUAUCAUUUUUAUGGAUGAGAUCGAUGCUAUUGGUGGACGGCGUUUCAGUGAAGGGACCAGUGCAGACCGUGAAAUUCAGCGAACACUCAUGGAGUUGCUUAACCAGUUAGAUGGAUUUGAUCAGCUUGGAAAGGUGAAAAUGAUCAUGGCAACCAAUAGACCUGAUGUCCUAGAUCCUGCGCUUCUCCGCCCGGGCCGUCUAGACCGCAAGAUAGAGAUCCCAUUGCCUAAUGAGCAAUCAAGAAUGGAAAUUCUCAAGAUCCAUGCUGCUGGGAUAGCGAAACAUGGUGAAAUUGAUUAUGAAGCUGUCGUGAAGCUUGCUGAGGGCUUUAAUGGAGCUGAUCUCCGGAACGUUUGCACUGAAGCUGGGAUGUCUGCGAUCCGUGCUGAGAGGGAUUAUGUCAUCCAUGAAGAUUUCAUGAAGGCUGUACGAAAAUUAAAUGAAGCCAAGAAGCUUGAAUCUAGUGCGCACUACAAUGCCGAUUUUGGAAAGGAAUGA